UGGCCGAAAUGAAGUUGUGGCAGCUGCGACAAUUGGCCCCCCCGGCUCAAUCUGACUAAAACGAAUCGUAUACAACUUCGAUCUCGGUUGCUUGUUUCCCCCCGUCUUCUUUACAUGGGAUACCUUAUCUUUUUCCCUUUAUCCCGCACUCUGUUACUAUUUCUCAUUUUCCUCUUCUCUUCUCUCCUACUUAGGUCUCUUAUACCUUUUUUCUCCUUUUGUGUGAUGUAUUCGUGUUGCGCUAGAUUUGGUGGUCCAGGUUUCGAAGACCGAGUAUGGCCUUUUUUGACCUUAUCCUGCGCGGUCUCGGCAGCCACGUGGGAGCUAAGCUGAGGGUUAGGGGUCUGGUUAUGAUGUCAUGAGCACAUCAAACAAGCAAUGGGAGAAACAUGCUCGCGUCAACUACUAAAGGGCUUCCUCAGAAGAAGAAAUACC